CGUCCCUUCCAUCACAUCAGUGAGUACCGGAUUACCGUGAGUUACCGGAUUGCUUCCGACUACUACUGCACUUCACACAAGUCUCUCUCGCCGGUAAUCGCCGUCCGCAGUAGUUUCACGUCGACGUCCGUCCAUUUGUGAGGCCACGAAUACCCCUCCCACGUCAGAUGCCGUCAUCUGACGGCCUCUUUUCACUGUACCGAUUUGACGCGGUUUCCAUCCAUCACUGCGUUCCUCUUGCCCCAACCACAGUCGAAGGUCCGAACUCCCCUCCCCUCACCCCACUUGCGGUAGCUAGAAUAUUCCAGAAAAUCCGUCAAAGCCGGACCGCCAAGCGUUUGCAUUCGACGUCCGGCAGAAUUAUGCACAAUGUGCACUAACUCGG